UGCUAGCUUAGAUUCAUAGGCACAUGCAUAUGCAAGCAUAUAAAUGAAGAUGCGCUUGCUGGUACCUGGACUGGUAGUCUGGUACCACACUACAAACUAUGUACUCUUUAAUUGCAGCAGCCUCCACGGCCCACGACCACCAGCGAGCGAGCAAGCCAAGAGCAGCGCGCGCGCAGCAGCAGCCGAGAAGCGAAACCAUGGCCCCUACGCCGGUGGCGCUCGUCCGCGUCGAGUCUCCGCAGACCGCCGUGCCAACGCGCGCGGUGGAGCCCGGUCGGACGCGGCGCAUCGCCGUGGCCGCGCCCCCGCUCCCCGCGGCCGCGCUGCAGCGGCGCACCCGCGUGGUGCUCUACUACCGCACCGGCGGUGGCGUGGACGGAGGCGGCGCUCCGGCGCCGGCGCGUCUGUGGGAGGAGGUAUGCUGGGCGAAGGAGUCGCUGAGCGAGGCCCUUGCCGACCACCCGGAGAUGGCCGGCCGGCUCCGGCGCCGCGAGGACGGGUCAUGGGAGGUGAAGCUCAACGACGCCGGCAUGAGGUUCGCGCAGGCCACGGCGGAGGCGACCCUCGGCGAGUUCCUGGCGGCGGUCCGGGACGACAAGGACCGGGCGCGCAGCUGGGAGGCCGCGCUGGCGCCGUGGGCCGACGUGAACGCCGAGGACCCCGACAUGUGCGCUCUCUUCUACAUGCAGCUGACACGGUUCCAGGGCGACGGGGGCUACGCCGUCGGCGUGAGCUGCAGCCUGAUGCUGUCCGACCCGCUGUCGCUGACGAGGUUCCUCCUGUCGUGGGCGCGCACGCACGCCGAGAUGAAGGCUCGGAGCGAGCUCGUCACCCACCCGCUCAUGCAGUACGCGAGCUACUUCCAGCGCCCCAUGGCCGCGCGCGCGCUCACCAAGUCCAUCCCCCUCGACGCCUUCGCCGGCGCCGACGACGGCCACGCCGCUGAGACUGUCCUCUUCAGAGCCAGACCCGCCACCACUGGUGCCGGCGCGCCCGACGAUCACCGCGCACUCGCCGGCGCCUGCGUCGCCCAGGCGAGAGAGAGGUUCGGCAUGGGCAAGGCGCCAGCCCAGUUCUCGGUCGUCGUCGUUGCCGGUGGGGACGGGCGGGGAGGGACGAGCGUCGAGAGGUGCACGGCGGACGGCCAGCCGGACAGCAGCUGCGGCGGCGGCGGACAGUACAAGCUUGAGGUUGCCCAGUGGCAGGAGCUCGGGCUGGCGGACAUGGUGCUCAGGGACAGCAAGCCCGUGCACGUGUCGUUCGGCAUCGUGAGCGGCGGCGACGAGGGGCUCGUGGUCGUGAUGCCUGACGGCGAUGCCGGUGAGUUUCUUGUCGCGGCAACUAUUCGUCUGCUCCCAAGUGAAUAAAAAUCGCUAGUGAUGUCUGGUGUUGCAAAACUCGCUCCUUGUCACGUAUGUCGUGCUAGUUUCUGCUUUUUUGCAUCAGCUUGUUUGUUCGGAUUCGUUUAUGGAAUAUAAUGGCAGUUUGUAAACUGAAUUGGGUUGACUUCAUGCCCGCAGUAAAUAAAAAUUUGACGGUAAAUACUUUGACGGUCAAAUUUUAUGGUUCC